UUAACUGACUCAAACAUUUCUGUUCGAUUUUUGUUUUUCCUUAAGUGCUGCACACUUGAUAGUUGAUCGUUUGUGUAUAGACUACGAAUUUGGGUUUCAGAAGAUUAAAACUCCAGCUAUGACAGAGGAGUCAAAUGGAACAGGAACACCCAGAAUGCUGGGAAAUGAGAAAAGCACGGAUGGUAAGAGUGGAGAGGUGGAUACUGACACAGUGCUGGACCCCAAAACAGCAGCCCAAAGCUCUGAGGCUCCUGCCAGUGUUAAAAAACACAAGAAGAAGAAGAAGAAAACAGCAGCUGACGGGAAAGACAGUCAGCAGAAAGGAAUAAAAAGCACAGCUGAGGAAACAUCUAAACAAGAGACCACAGAAUUAACUCCUGAUGAGCAGCUGAAUCGAGAGCUGGACUGGUGCAUCGAACAGCUCGAGCUGGGCCUGAGAACUCAAAAAACAUCCAGCAAACAAAGGGAAGAAGCAAGUCGUGCUCUGAAGACUUUACGAAGCUCCAAAGCUCCUUUGGUGAAGAAGAGGCAGGUAAUGCGAGCGAUCUCAGGAGACUACAGGAAGAAGAUCGAAGAGGAAAAAGCCAGACAGUUCAAGCUCAUACAGUCAUCAAUGACCUCGGCCCGGGUCACCACUGUCUCUGAGUGCAAACCAGUGUUCCACCGGAGAGCUGAGAGGAACACACAACCCACAGACAAAACAGAUCAAUCUCAAGAGACGCACACCCUGCAAGGGCCCCGGGAGACAACUGAACACACAGAGACUGAUCACGGCACAAAACCUUUUGUUUUCACUAAAACACAUGAAGAGUUUUGCUUCAACUUCAAUUUGUGACUCUACCCAUUAACAUCAACCAGCAGGAUUUGUGCCUUAAGUAGACACGUGAUACUUCUAUUGCAUGAUUUUACUGUACAUUCUUUAUGAAAUUCGUUAAGAAUAAAAUAUUGCUAAUCAUA